GGUGAGAGUGUGGAGGACUCCUCCCGGCCCCCCUCAACCGUCGCUCAGGGUGCCCCUCCCUGCCCUGGCCUCGCCCCCGCCCACCGGGGGGCACCUUGAGCAUAACAGGAAAUUUCAAACAACAGGAAACCCAGGCCAGGCUUGCAACUCCACCCUGCUGGGGGCCUCUGUCAGUCUGUCCCCGCGGGAGGCCAUGAACAUCAGCACCUGGUCCUGUCACCGGCUGGCGGCCAGCGGUCACAGCCACCUCAUUGUCCUGCACUACAACCACAGUGGGCGGCUGGCCGGCCGCGGGGGCCCCGAGGACGGUGGCGGGCUGGGCACGCUGCGGGGGCCGUCGGUGGCGGCCGGCUGCCUGGUGGUGCUGGAGAACGCGGUGGUGCUGGCCGCCAUCGCCACCCGCAUGCGGUCGCGCCGCUGGGUGUACUACUGCCUGCUGAACAUCACGCUGAGCGACCUGCUCACCGGCCUGGCCUACCUGGUCAACGUGCUGCUGUCGGGGACGCGCACCUUCCAGCUGUCCCCCGCGCACUGGUUCCUGCGGGAGGGCUUGCUCUUCAUGGCCCUGGCCGCGUCCACCUUCAGCCUGCUCUUCACAGCCGGCGAGCGCUUCGCCACCAUGGUGCGGGUGGCCGAGAGCGGGGCCACCAAGACCAGCCGCGUGUACGGCUGCAUCGGGCUGUGCUGGCUGCUGGCGGCCACGCUGGGCCUGCUGCCUCUCCUGGGCUGGAACUGCGUGUGUGCCUUCCCACGGUGCAGCAGCCUGCUGCCCCUCUACUCCAAGGGCUACGUGCUCUUCUGCGUGGUGGUCUUCGCCCUCAUCCUGGUGGCCAUCCUGGGCCUCUAUGGGGCCAUCUUUCGGGUGGUCCGGGCCAACGGGCAGAAGUCCCCGCGUCCUCCGGCCCGCCGCAAGGCCCGCCGGCUGCUCAACACUGUGCUGAUGAUUUUGGUGGCCUUUGUAGUGUGCUGGGGUCCUCUGUUUGGCCUGCUCCUGGCCGACAUCUUCGGUUCCAACGUCUGGGCCCAGGAGUACCUACGUGGCAUGGACUGGAUCCUGGCCCUGGCCGUGCUCAAUUCUGCCAUCAACCCCCUCAUCUAUUCCUUCCGCAGCCGCGAGGUGCAGCGCGCAGUACUGGCCUUCCUCUGCUGCGGCUGUCUCUGGUUAGGCCUGCGGGGUCCUGGUGACUGCCUGACCCGGAUCACCGAGGUCCACUCCGGUGCGUCCACCACCGACAGCUCGCUAAGGACAAGAGACAGUUUUCGGGCUUCCAGAUCACUCAGCUUCAAGAUGCGAGAGCCGCUGUCCAGCAUUUCCAGUGUCCGAAGUGUCUAGAGCUUGGACAGUCCAGCUGCCAGGAUGAACACUCUACAGACCCUCCCGGGAGAGGUGAGAAGGGACUGGACACACGAUCCUGGCCAUGCCAGCAGGUCCCAGGGUCUGUUCACGGAGCCUCCCCAUGCUGAAUGUCUGGCAGAGCAGAGAGUGGCCAGAACCAGAUCCAGAGGGUCUGGGCCUCAGUCUGGUCCUCACCUUCACCAGGACGUGAAGGGGACACACCAUGCCUGAGUUCACCAACAGGACAGCACACUGUGGUCCCUUGUUAGUCACACCUGUGUGUGAGUGUGUGCGUGUGUGUGUGUCAGGAAAGGGGGUGGGGGCUGCUGUCACACUGUGCACAGUGCUCUGUGAGGGUGCUGAGAUGGAGGGGCGCCUACCCCAUUUGUCUGAAGGCAGCCACAUUGCUGAGAUGUUGCAAGAAGGAGUGGAGCUGGGGGACACACCAGUCAGUCAUCCCCCUCCACGGUGACUUCCCCAUUGGGACAGGCAGCCCGCCCCCAUGACCUCCUGUCUCUAGCUCAGCUUCUCUAUGUAUGUGGGGAGAAUGGACCCACCCACCCCAGGUCUGGGGCAAUAUCUUGACCUGGUCCUGUAACCCCGUGGACUCACCCUUCCGUUUCUGAACCAUGGUGAUGUGCUGUGACAGGGGACCGUGGACCUCACUGUUCGAUAGCGCAGCUGCGAGCCAUGCAGGGCUGUGUAAGAUCAUUAAAAUGAAGGAAACCUACACAUUCAGUUUCUCAGUGUAUUGUAACCGAGUCCCACCGACAGUGACUGUAAGGAUGGCAGUGAUUGUCACUCAGUUCUGGGUAGAAGUCCAAGGUUUUGGGCACACAUCUGUUGACUUUUCUACACUUUUAUCUCCAAUGGGUUGUGGCCUUGGUGCUUAGCAUAAGGCCUGGUAUACACUUGGCAUCUACUUGUUGCAGACUAAUCACUCUCUGGGACAAGGCCAGUAGUCUGAAUCUUAGAAUCUGCUUUCUCACCUAAGGCCAUCAGAGAAGGCUUCAUCCCCAAGUUCUCCACAAGCUUGGAGCGUUCUCCUAAAGCUUAUCAAGCACCUACUGCAUACCUUACUCAAAGCUCACACCAGUUCUCAUAUUGAAUUCUUAUCUGUGUCUGGUGGUGGGUGGGUGGCAGUGUUUGGUCAUUUAUUUCUUAUUUAUUGUAUUCCUAGAGGUGUGAGUGACAUAUAAUUUUAAUUCACACCUUAAAUUACCCUAACCGAAGUCACUGGGACUGGUCAAAUCCAUAGCAAUAUUGGGUACUCCGAAAUUAAAUUUGAAUUUGCAGUAGGCGAACCAAAAAUUUUAGGUUAAAUAUGUCCCAAAUAUGAAUAGGGAUAACGAAGACCUCCCGACCGUCACACCAGUUCCACUAUUGCCACAUCCAUCUCCCCACUGCCACUAAAGUCCGUGCCAGUCCCUGCCUUACCUAACCUUGCCACCUGCCCCGAAUUUUAUUUAUUUUUUAGCCAUCUUCUCGUUCAUUCACUUCAGAAUCCUGUGGACACCCACUGGAUGCCACGUCUUGUGGUCGGGGCUCUAGGCACCUUCAAGACAAAGAUCUGAUUCCUCAUUAAGUUUCAUAUCUGCUUUUUUCCGCGUUUUAACCUCCUCCCCUUUCAGAGACUACAGAACGACUCCAGUUCCCAUCAUCCUUUGUGCUUGCCCGACAGGACUACAAUUCCCA